UCUCUCAUGCGGGACGGUUGGUGUUGAUCGCCCGAGCAGAGACAGCUGUGGGAAAGAAAGACGGUCAAACUUUAGCACCAAAGAAACUCUGAACUGAUCUUUUGAGCUCCUUUAAGUUCUUGCAACAUUUGAUCAUCCGAAAAAUGUUGGAAAUAUCAAAAACCACAAUGGACCUGGACCUUGACUGAAUCCUUCUCCAAUAGGAACCUGGAGUGGACAGUCUGAACCCGGAGCAGGAAAACCUCUGACCCAGAUCCUGAUUUGAUCCAGAUUCAGUCCGUUUAUGUUUUCAUGUAAACAGCCAAUCACCUGAUCAGCUGGAGUGAAUCAAACUGACAAUGGAGCAAGGACGAGGAGGAGAGAAGGCGACAUUCCUCAGUGCUCAUCGCUGCCCUGAAGUCGACAUUCUGCCUCAUCACAACUCUAUGACACAUAACACUCCAUCAUGUUCACUAGUCCCCGGUGAGAAGAGCUUCGCCUCUACCUGUGCGGGUGAGCGUGCGACAAACUACCUGGACGUCUCACCUACAUGCCUCUCUGACAACGAUGAUGACGGACACGAAGAAGAUGAUAGCAUCAGCGACUGGUCUGAGGAGGAUCUGUCCCUCCACUUCUCCCCCUCCGUCAUCCUCCCAUCAGACGAUGACGGGUCUGACCCCGAGAACAGCUUUGAGUGCAUCGACAUCACCAUGGAAACCAUGAUGCCAGGUCAAAAGGGGGAGGGGCUAAAGAUGGUCCCAAAGCGACAGAUUCAUCUAAAGAAGAAGGAUGAAAGAAGCACAGAGAAAUUUCAGGUAAAGGAGGAGUCUUCUGAUGGGGGCGGGGCUAACACUGAGGAUCUACGCCCACAUGUUCAUCCUGAUUUGCUGCGUCGACAGAACAGUAUGCCCGCCUCUCUACACACCAGCAGUGACUCUGAGAACUACAGGGUCUACAAGGGCCUGAUAACAGGGGCCAGCCAAGCCCCCCAAAGUGGAGGAACGUCGAAGCAGCGGCUGCAGAAGUCGUUCUCUUUAGAUGAAACCAGGACAAAGAUGGCGUCCUGCAUCAUUAAGAACAUUCUUUCUAAGCGAAUGCAGGGGGAGAAAACCACAAGUCAGAGCUCCGCCCCUCAGCAGAGAGCGCCAGCAUUGGCCUGCUUCCCACCACCUUCAGAACAUCAGCUGAUGAGUGACAGGGCAAAGGUGGGCGCAGCCGUGGUCAAAGCCCCAGUCCAUGUGGUCAGAGAUGUGAGAACUUUGGUCAAAAACACCUACAGCCUGUCCUUCUCAACACCGCCUGACAGCAACAAACAAAAAAGCUUCAAGGUGAUUGGUCAGGACCAGAGCCCUCCACCAACCUACCAGCAGGCCGUGGGCGUGGCUCACACUGACCAAAACCCGAAAAGAUCCAAUCAGGUCUUAUUUUACAACAACACCUCCAGAGGAGACUCUCAGCUCUCAGCUCUCAGCCAAUCACAGGGCAGGAACCAGAGUAAACAUUUCAGUUGUUCAACCACUCAGCAGAGACGAAGCAGCGAGCCAGUGAUAGGAAGUAAAGCUGAUGAUGUCACUGGGUCAACAAUCAGCAGAGACCUCUCAGAGCUCAGCCAAUCAGAGAGAGGAGUAGGGAGGAGUCACCAGGCUGAAGUCAUCAGCCCCUCUCCCCCUUCCAUGCUGAGCCAGCAGGGGGCCAAAGCCCAGGACCAGACCUCCAUCCCAGGUCUCUCCUCUGCCUUUGUCCCCAGCUCCUCCCAGCAGAUCCUCCAACCCUGUUUCUACCAGACCCAGGUUUUACCCGUGUACCCCCCAACCCUGCCCCCACACUUUAGGGGGGUCGGCUACAUGAGCUACAUCCAGACCCCCCCACUGGCCCCUCCACCAGUGCCUGUGUGUCAGGUUCUGAGGAGGUCUGAGGACAGUAAGUCACCAGAAAAAAACUUGGACCGUCCUGAUCAGAAGAGGUCUUUAGGGAGCCAGGAGAGCGAAGGCAGCAACGCAAGAACAGCACAGGGGCAACAUGAGCAACAACAACUUCAACAGCAACUUUCAGAACAACUUCAACGGCAACUUCAGCAACAACUUCAGCGGCAAAUUCCGGAGCAGCUUUCAGAACAACUUCAAAAGCAACUUCCAGAGAAAAUUCAGCCUCAGAGGCUCCAGUCUCACCUCCACCAGAUUGUACAUGCAAGGGCGGGACCUAACAUCCUGGUUGACCUCACAGGUGCCACUUAUGCACCAGGAGCCUUACUCAGUGGCCCCUCCCACUGCCACCUCAUGUUCGACCCUAGAGGCGGGACUUGCUUCCUUUUGGACACGCCCCCUAUGCCUCAGAGAAAGAUGCUGCUGGAUCCAGAAACAGGUCACUACGUCCAGGUGCUUGUACCUGCAUCAAGCUCCGCCCCAAACUCCAGUCUGUUCCCAGUGCAUGGCCCAAACCCCAGCCCCUUAAUGAUAAACUCCAUCCAUCCAAUGAUAAACCCCACCCAGUCUGUCAUGUCAAUGAUGCAGGUUCAGCCCCCUAUGGCGGUUUUCUCCUCCCCUGGACUACAGUUCCCUGCCCCACCUCACCAGUAACAUCCACACCUGCACCGAUAAAUACCCUUAAUAAUGCAUACACAUCCUGUACCUACAUCCUUCAUAUAUAUAUAUAUAUAUAUAUAUAUAUGUAUAUAUAUAUAUAUAUAAUCAUAUAUACACACUACCUAUGUCUACAUACACAGGUAAACACAUCGGCAGGUGAGGUUUGUGAUGCUGAUGGUUUAAUCCACCCAAAACCACAAAGUGAAGUUUGUCUGCCUGAUUGUUUCUGUUAUCAACCAACUGACCAACUCAUUGAUCUCUAAUUUUUGAUUAUUGAUUUGACGUCACAGAGUUUACACUGUUGAUUAUUGAUUAUUGAUUUGAUACAUCAGAGUUUACACCUGUAAUUACUAUUGAUUUGAUGUCACAGAGUUUACACCUUUAAUUAUUUAUUUGCUCUCACAGUUUACCCUUUUAAUUGUUGAUUAUUGCACCCUUAUGUCAUGAUGUCACUGAAGGUCAUUUUUAUGGAUAUUUCUGAAAAGGAUCACAUUGAUGGAUCUGACUGAGGUUUAAACUGUAAAUAAGAACAAAUAAAAAUGAGAAUUUCCAACA